GCAGCACCUUGUCUCCCUUAUUGUUCAACUUGUAGGGGGGUGGACGAUGAGCAGAUCAAAGAAUGUAGAGAGGAGAUAUCUUUGGAACAUCCUCUGAUCCUCUUCACACAUCAUACAUGAUGAACGGAUCAGGAGCACAUAUCAACGGUCAAUCUCGGUCGCAGGCCACACCUACUCCCGCUUCCGCUUCCGACCUCCUUCCCAAGGCUCCGCACUAUCGUGAGAAAGGAAGCAUUCCAAACACUCCUCUCGCGGUAUCGGUCAUAUCUGCUUUGCUCGGUGGCGUGGCACUAUCCUCGCUCACACUCGCAGCUCAGCAUCUUCUUGGAGGAAGUGGUCUUGGUGGUAACUGGGCCAGACCUCAGCUUGGAAUCUAUGGCUUCGCUUGGGGUCUGUUCCACCUCUGCGAAUUCUGGACGACGGCGGGCUGGAAUCCUCUAAAAUUGAGUGUCGAUGCAUUCUUGCUCAACAAUACUAACCAGUACCAUUACGCUCACCUCUUUGGACUGGGCGAGUACUUCCUAUCGAGCUAUUUCUUUCCUGGUAAAUUCGACUCGAGAUUUUGCUCAGCACCUGUCAUCCUCGCUGUAUGCGCUCUGUUAGUCGGAGGCCAGGCUUUGAGAUCACUAGCGAUGAUUCAUGCCAACGCUUCAUUCUCGCACGUCGUCAAAGACAUCAAGCACGAUGACCAUGUUCUGAUCACUCAUGGCGUGUACUCACUCUCACGCCAUCCUUCCUACUGCGGGUUCUUCUACUGGGCCAUUGCAACCCAACUGUUGCUUGGUAACAUAAUCUCUACACUAGUCUUCAUAUUCAUCCUUGGACGGUUCUUCUCUUCCCGGAUAAGGGAGGAAGAGAAAUACCUCGUCAGGUUUUUUGGUGACGAUUACGUGCAAUAUAGGCGGCGAGUUGGCACAGGUCUCCCAUUCCUCAUCAGUCCAUGAGAUUGAGGACGAGUCCUUCGAAUCGACGCUAAAUAGCCAACAAAUGCCUUUGUGUGAGAGGAGGACAAAUCAUCAAGAUACAUGCAUGUGCUUCACCGUAGU